UUGUGCAUUGCUGUUAAAUGUUUCAAAACAACUUGCCUAUUGCGUAAAUCCAGGCACACCCGAGUCGAAACGUCGGUCGAAGCAUAAACCGUCACCGACUCCGGCAUUUACACGUUUUCCAGAAUCAAAAUAUGAAUGCUUGCGAAGAGAAGUCGAUGUAGGCUAUGCCUCUCGACUUCUCUAAAGAGAAUACAGCGACAGCCACCACGGUUACACCGGGGCCCCCUCCACCUCUUUUAAUAGGAAGGGAGGCUUUACUAGGAGUACUCAGUGUCAGCAGUACUAUCAAUCAGGGUGCAAUUAACGUGUCUCGGGCUGUCAAUCAAGCAUUUUGUUGAUGGAGGGCCAUCAGAAAAGUAUCCUGACCCGAAGUCAGCUUUAGAACAUGGUCGAGUUACUAUGAGCAGACCAGCACCAAAGAAACGACAAUCACCUGAUUGUUCAGACAACACACCAGAGCCAAAGAAGCUUUCAGUUGAAGUCAGGGUUUUCGAAAAUGGACAGACUGAAGUUCAACAGACACAGGAGGAUUCAACAGUAGUGCCAACAGAUAACAGUGUUAUGUCAGAAGAUUGUCAACCUGGAAAAGAAUCUGUAGAAUCCAAUGAUAUAAACAGUCUUGAUGUAUUAGCUAUGGCUGCUGAGAAGAGGAAGUUGGAAGAAGUCAUAUCUCUCCGAGAAGAAAACAACAAAUUAAAAUGUGAACAAAUGCAUUUACAAGACAGUUUAGCAAUAAGUCGAGUAUGAGAUAUGAUAACUUAAAAACAGAGGAAUUUAAGUAUUAUACAGGAUUUUCAUCAGCAACAUUUAAUGUUAUAUACCAGUUUUUAGUUCCUGUGGAUGAACCAUUUGAGUACUCGAAAAUGUCAGUAGUCUAAUAAUUCUUAGUAUGAAGGAUCAACUGUUAUUUGUUUUAAUCAAAUUACAACAAAAUUUUGACUUUAAACAUAGUCUCGGCUGUUUGGAAUUUCACCUCAAGACUGCAGUGUUAUAUAUAGUAACUGGAUAAAUUUCAUGUUUUACCGUUUUGGAUCAGUACCUAUUUGGCCAGACAGCAGUAUUAUUAUAGACAAAAUGCCACAAAAAUUUAAAGAAGAAUUUCCUACAGGUGAAAAUUCAAAGGCCUAGUUCAUUAACAAAACAGAGUCAGUUUUACUCUGACUAUAAAUCCACUACACCUCUCAAGGGUUUAGUUGGUAUUGAUCCUAGAGGAUCUAUUAUAUUUGCCUCAAUGCUAUUUUCAGGCUCAAUUUCUGACAAUGACAUUACCCAUCAGAGUGGAUUUUUCAAGAUUUUGAAAGAAAUGAUUAAAGAAGGUAAAAAAAUAAUGGACAACAGAAUCGACCUUAGUUUAUUUAGUGCGAUAAAUCAAAUCUGGUUUGUUUGUUGCUUUUUAACAAAUUUCAUGGCUUUCCUUAUCCAGGAUUGAAUAAUAUGUAGAUUUCCUUACAUGAUAUGAUAAUGCUGAUCCAAGUGGCUGUUGUGAUUGCCCAGCAUCAACCAUUUGGCUUGGUGCUGAUACAAUGUAUGAUAUUGGUGCAGACACAUGAUUUUUCAAUAUGGCAAUGUGAGACUCUUCCAGGUAAAUUUUUCUACAAAUCAAUAUUUUUAUACCAAAUUGAAAUAUCAUGUGUAUAUACAUUUUCAAUGAAAUGUUUGUCUUGUUCAAUUAGUCAUUUACUAAAGACACAUAACAACACAACACCCCACCCUGGACAUUAUAUUGUUCCUGUUAUUUUCAUAUGGAAAGUUCAGGAUUUAUUUUACCGUAGUAUUCAAUGGCUUUGGAAAUGAAGUUUGAAUUGAACACAUAAAAUAAAUGUUGUUUUUCUUAUUAAGCCUACUUCUCCGCCCCCUCACCCUUUACAAAGUGAUGCUAUGUGCAUGUAUUAACCAGUGUUUAUAUAAACUGAAAAUGUGAUUACAUGUAAUAUUAAUAAUUGAUGCUAUGUACCGGUAUCAACCAGUGUGUAUAUAAACUGAAGAUUUUAUUACGUGAUAUUGAGUAUAAACUUGACAAGUGUACUAACAUAGGCACUUGAAGUAUGGAUACAACUAAACCCCCCUCCCUCCUUUUUUCAGGGGGAGGGGGAAAAUUUCUCAUCAAUUUGUGUGGAUUCCCCAUCUAUUGCAUCCCAAUUUUGAUUGUCGGCGCAAAAAAAAUCGGAAGGGGGGGGGGUUAUACUGUCUGUGUGCACUGAUACUAUAUGUAAUACACGCCAAUAAAUUAUUAAUCAGAUUCA